AUGCCAAGAAGAAGAGGAGGGCGAAGAAAAGGAAGAAAACCAAGACGAAGGAAAGUGAGACGUCUUCCGAAUGAUGUAUUAACAGACAUAUUUCACAAAUUACCCUGCAAUUCCAUGGUUCGCUCCAAGUUAGUAUGCAAGGAAUGGUACUCAAUAAUCUCUAAUCCAGAUUUUAUGCAGGAGUAUUUUAAGCGCAUUGGUAAACAUUUCAUCUUUUUUGAGUUUGUUUCGUAUAGGGAAUUUAACAUUUACGACGUUAAUUGCUCUAAUCUCAUCAACAACAACGACACAGCAAUAUUAUCAUCCAUACCUCCUUUAGAAGAUCCCCGUAAAUGGGGGUGUAAAGAUGAAAAUCUUGAGAUAAUUGGUUCUUGUAAUGGAUUAGUUGCAUUAGCUAAUGGUAAUAACUUAAUUUUAUGGAAUCCUAUAACUAAACAUUACAAGUCUUUUUCGGGGAAAUAUUGGUUCUUUGAGCCUCGUUGGGAAUGGAAUUUCAACCCUCGCAUUCUACGGGGGACUUUGUUAUGA